AUGACAUCUCCUUCAACAAUCCGUCAAAAAUUCCUCACUCAUCCUUCCGAACUCGGUGUUGUCGCCGUCGACUUCUCCGGUGGCCAAUGCAAGCCUGGCGUUGACGCUGCACCCAAUGCCCUCAUCUCAGCCGGCCUUCUCGAACAACUGCGCCAUGACCUUGGCUACGACCUGCAUGGAGAUUCUGAUGUCCACUCCUACAACGACUACAUCCCCAAAGGUGUCCCCGAUCCCGAUUACCGUGGCAUGAAGAAUCCUCUCUCCGUCUCCGCGGUCACCGAAACACUCAGUUCGAGAGUCUACGCCCAAGCAAAAGAAGGCCGUUUCGUUCUCACCCUGGGUGGAGACCACAGCAUCGCCAUCGGCACAAUCUCCGGCAUGGCAAAAGCCAUUCGCGAGAGGUUGGCUGGAAAAGAUAUCGCAGUUAUAUGGGUAGAUGCCCAUGCCGACAUCAACACUCCCGAGACCUCAGACUCUGGCAACAUACACGGCAUGCCCGUUGCCUUCCUCACCGGGCUCGCCAAAACGGACCGAAAAGACAUUUUCGGCUGGCUGCACACCGACCAACUCAUCAGCGUCAACAAGCUCGUCUACAUCGGUCUUCGCGAUGUCGACCGCGGCGAGAAACAAAUCCUCCGCGAGAACGGGAUCCGCGCUUUCUCAAUGCACGAUAUAGAUCGCCAUGGCAUCGGCCGCGUCAUGGAGAUGGCAUUGGCGCAUAUCGGAUCAGAUACCCCGAUCCAUCUCUCCUUUGAUGUCGACGCUCUAGACCCGCAGUGGGCGCCCAGCACGGGCACGCCGGUUAGGGGUGGGCUGACCCUAAGAGAGGGAGAUUAUAUCGCAGAGUGUGUACAUGAAACGGGACAGUUGAUUGCAAUGGAUCUGGUGGAAGUCAAUCCUUCCCUGGAAGAGAAGGGUGCAAGCGAGACGAUCAGGGCUGGCUGCAGUCUGGUCAGAUGCGCUUUGGGCGACACACUGCUGUAA